AUGCUGGCAGACUGCCACCCAAAGCUUCUGCACGCCCUUAUUCAGAAAUAUUCAAUUUCUUCAGCUGUACAAGGAUCUGGUGGAGGAGGAGCUGGCAACUCACUGGUGGAGACCACAACCAGAGGACCCCACUUUGACGCAGCAGCUUCUAAAAACGUUACGGCGCUGCUCGGAAAAACAGCCUACUUAAAUUGCAGAGUAAAAAACUUAGCCAAUAGAACGGUGUCCUGGGUCAGACAUCGGGACGUCCACUUACUGACCGUCGGCCGGUAUACGUACACGAGCGACCAGCGCUUCAGGGCCAUCCAUCAGUCCCAUUCCGAAGACUGGACGCUGCAAAUCAAGUAUCCCCAGCAUAGGGACUCGGGAGUGUACGAGUGCCAGGUGUCCUCCACCCCGCACCUCAGCCAUUUCAUCCAUUUGACUGUCAUUGAGCCCGACACGGAGAUCGUGGGCGGCCCCGAACUGUUCAUCGAUCGCGGCAGCACCAUCAAUCUCACCUGCGUGGUCCGGCACAGUCCCGAGCCGCCCGCUUACAUUUUCUGGAACCACAACGAUGCGAUAAUCAGUUAUUCAAGCUCAAGAGGUGGAGUCAGCGUAGCUACAGAGAGAGGCGAAACCAGCAGAAGCGUUCUUCUAAUUCAGAAAGCACGCCCAUCCGAUUCCGGUAACUACCAGUGCAACCCUUCUAACGCUAGACCAGCCAACGUGACGGUACACGUUUUAAACGGUGAACAUCCCGAAGCAAUGCAACAUGGCGGCAACCAACGGAUGGGGCCCUCCCUAGGCGUGCUGGCAUUCAUCGCUUACGUUCUGCUGGCGUACAGUUAAACGCCCAAGAAAUCCAACCCGUUCGCACUAAUAAAGCAAGAAUAAACAAAGAGAAUAAAAACCAAUGUCGUGACUUUUACACUGUCGAACUUUUUCCUUCCAUGAAAACGUCGUAUGGUUUCGUGCCGCCUAGAACUUCAUACCGUACUGUGUCCAUUAUGUUGUCGUGUUUAACGGAAUAACUACAUUCGUCUAUUAUCUGACAGAAUACGAUGUAUACUUCCUUCGUUUAUUGCAGGAAAUUAGUGCAUUAGUUUGAAGGAAAUUUUGUUUUAAGAUUGGUAUCGUCAACAUUAAUGCAGCCUAUAUUUUUUGGCCGACUACCAAUUUAGAACAAAAUGUACGAAAUUUUAACAUUUCCACAAUUAAUUACAAAGGCAAUUCAACCAAAUAAUUCGUUAGAUUGUUUCUUGAGGCUGUUUCAAAAAACCAAGACACAAACAAACAAUUUUCACAAAACUAAGACAGUAACGAUUUACAGCAAUUUUAGCAUUG